UGGACGUCGAGUGUGAGUGAUCGAGAGAGACUUAAAAGCACCCGAGAGAAUCUCCGGCGAAGGUCUGAUGCCAGGGGGCUACCUCAAGUUAAUUGAAUUAGGCCUUGAAGAUUGUGUUGAUGAGAUUGAUACUGUACGAAUUCUGGGUUAUGUUCUAUAUAAGGAUGGGAAGGAUGCCCCCAUAUCUUUUCCUCUGGAGAAGUAUCAGUCCCAUGUUGCAGGAAGAAACUUACACAAUGGUCGUUUCGUUCAAAGGUUGCGGAACAAAGCUGCAUCUCUUCGCAGUGUGAGUCUAGAACAAGGGACAGUAACAUCACUGAUUGAAGAGAAGGGGACCGUCAGAGGAGUGCACUAUAAAGACGAAAGUGGCCAACCGCUGACUGCUUAUGCUCCGCUCACCAUCGUCUGCGACGGUUGUUUCUCGAAUUUGAGACGCUCUCUGUGCAACCCCAAGGUUGAUAUCCCUUCUUAUUUUGCUGGUUUAGUCCUGACGAACUGUAAGCUUCCGGAUGAAAAUUAUGGAGCUAUUAUUUUAGCAGAACCUUCACCUGUCGUGUUUUAUCCCAUUAGCAGCACUGAAAUUCGUUGCUUGGUGGAUAUACCUAGUCAACAUGUACCUUCUGUUUCGGAUGGUGAAAUGGCCCAUUACUUGAAAACUCUGGUGGCUCCCAAGGUUCUUCCUGAAAUGUACACUGCCUUGAUUGCCGCAAUAGAUAAGAAGGAUAGUAUAAGAAUAACGCCAAAUAAAAUCAUGGCUGCUGAUCCACACCCGACUCCCGGUGCACUUUUGAUAGGCGAUGCGGUCAAUUCCCGGCACGCUAUGACCGGAGGGGGAAUGACUGUUGCACUCUCGGAUGUUGUUCUACUGAGGGAUCUCAUAAGACCCUUGCAUAAUCUAUCCAAUGCAUCCGCGGUCUGCAAAUAUCUCUGAAUCUUUUUACAUUCU